AUGCUUGACGAGAACUCAGCGGCUAACCCGGAGGAAGGCGCUUCAGUUGAUAGACGGAAAAAUCUACCACGCCGUUCUAAACGCCCAGGUAGACCGCGGCUAGAUGCACCAGGCGCUUCUGUUUUAUCCCAGGAGCGGAGAGGCCAACUCCGACAGGCUCAAAAAGUACACAGGUUGAAGCAGAAGGCGAUUCUUCAGAAUGCCACUGUGCGAGUAUCUGAGCUAGAAGAUCAGAUUGGGAAGAUCCGAGACGCAUUUGCCAACCUCGAGAAUGACGCCUCUGUCAGCCAUCCAGCAAUCUAUCAGCGACUUAAUAAGCUGCGUGCAGCAAUCUUUCUACCGCAGUCAGAAAGUCCAGAAAAGAGCCCAGCUGCAUCUGAAAAGACAAAUCACAGUCCACCACCUGAUACCUUUGAAUAUGUGGCUUCUCGGAGAUUAGUACUACAACCUGACUCUACAAAUCGGCUUGGAGAAGGUGUUUCCUCUUCGACAUCUUCCAGUUCUAGUGUGGAUGACGAUCAUUCAGCGAUCCAGAGCCGAAGUUGGGUAGAACGCCCACUUUCAGACAGCGAGCAUCUGUCCUACUACUUUCAAGAGACGAGUUUUACUCGCGGCUUGCACCGCUAUUGCUUAGAGCACGCGUUUCGCUUGUUCAUCGACCCCCACUCGUCUCCAACUGCCAACUAUCGGGUAUUUAGAUUGGUAUCCUGCAUACGAGACAGGGAGAAGACAUAUCCAUACUUCAAAAGGUUGGUGACAGGGGGAAUCGGAGAUGAACUCGAGCUACCGGGCCUCCCAUUCUAUUGUAUCGGAGGCGCUGGGACACACUACCCGCCCAAAGACGAAUUUGGAAAUGCAAUUUACCCCCCGAAUCGCAGGAUGCCAAGGCGUAUUCUUGGAAGCAUGGCGAUAGCUGAGAGGUUCUUGGAUGGGGAUACAGACUUUAAUCAACAGAAAGUGCUCGAGACAUUUGGGCUUGGGGGUCAAUGGUUUGACUGUCGAGAUGUCGAAGGGUAUCUUAGCGAGUGCGGAGUCUCCAUGAAACAACACUGUGCACUUCCUAAGAUAUCGGGUAGGAAAGCAGAUCGCAUCCUUGAUAUUGGCUUAUUCUGUCGCAAACUAUUACACAGUACUGUCAUUCUAGGUCGAGUACCGGGGUUCCGCAAGGCUGAUGUUGAAUAUGCGUUCACUUCCUCACUGUAUCGCGAUAUCUCAUCGUCGUGA